GAUUAGGUUUUCAUUUCUUCUUUCCUUCUCCAAUUUCGUUCUCUCCUUCAAGCUUCAGCCGUCGAAUCGAAACCCUUUUGACAGAGGCCCUGUGUGUGCCAAACCUGUCUCAGCCAUCAUCUCUCUCAGCCUUCCUCUGUCUCAUCCUCUCUAACGAAGGCUUCGGUCCAAUCCCCUCCGCGCAAAACCUCCUCUCAGGCAAACCUCUCUAUCAACCACGUCUCUGUCAGCCAGCAUCUCUCUCAACCUCCGCUUCUCUCUGAGCCGGCACCUCUCUCAGUCGCCGCCAUCAUCACAGAUUAGCAGGAAAUUUCUGGAGCAGGUUACAGCUUCCAGCAGCAGUUCUGCCACUUUCUGAGGUGAACAUGUCGUGUCAUGUUUGUCUUUGCAAUUCUUCACAUGCUAGGUUAACGGGUGAGCAGUGGUGGAUCCACCAUGGGGGCAAUGGGGUCAGACGACCCCAUGGUAGAUCUGGAUUUAGUGGAAGGGAUUGGUUUUUGCCCUUGGCAGCCAUGGAAAUGACCCCAUGGAGAAGAAGAAGCUUCGGUGGGCAACUGGGGUUCAUUUGUUUUUUUUGUAAAAACUGCUUGGCAAAACAACGUCGUUUUGGCCAAGGCAAUUUUUUUAAAAUGACUUAGACAAAACGACGUCGUUUUGGGCUAGGACUUAAGAAAAAUAAAUAAAUAAAUAAAGGGGGCUGAGCUUCUUAACAGAACAGACCCUAAAAUAGACCUCCAAAAUCCCAUUUCUCCUCAACAACAACCAUAACCCCAAUCUCCCCAAGACCUCCACCACCAUCUCAAUAUUUUUUUCGUCUUAAAAAAUUAUUGGGUAGUUUACACUAUGACCCCAUGAGUGGCAAUUCCUGCAUCCGCCACUGCGGGUGAGCUAAUUUUCACUCUAUGAAACAAAUCUGCAAAAUGCAACAUGUUGCCAAAUAUAGUUAUAGAAUGAUGAUGUAAUAUGAGCUAAAAUUUUUUUUGUUUUUUUCAUGGAAUGUCAAGUAACUGAAUAAGGCUCUCACUGUUGACUAAAAAAAUUAAGAAAGCAUAUGAAUUCCUAAAAAAUUAAUGUCUUUUUUUAAUUCAUAAAACUAUAAAUGCAAUCUCUAAAAAAGUCUUGGCCUUUGUCACUGACGACCUUUAGGCCUUGGAUAUGGUCAAGAAGAGUUGAGAUCUUCUAUUCUAUACAAAAUUUCUCUUUCUCCUCUAUGUCCCUUAUGUAUUUGAAUGACAUGUGUCCCAAUUUAUUAUUAAAGAAACACUAUAUUUUUUAGUUCAUGUUGUGGUAUUAAUUAAAAAACAUAUCUAACUGAACGUUCCCCUCCCCAUCCAUCGUUACUCCCUCCCCCAUCGUCCCCCCCUUACCAAUGGCAAGGGUAAAAACCGAACUACAAAACAUGGUGUUUCUUUAAUAAUAAAUUGGGACAUGUGUCACUCAAAUACGUAGGGGAUAGAGAGGAGACGAAGAAAUUGGGUACAAAAGAUCUCAACUCGGUCAAGAUACGGCUUGAACACGGUAAACCCAAAGUGGGACCAAUUAGUAAUUAUUUAAAAAAAAACUGGAGUCCAAACGUAAUUGUUGAAACGUUUGUGGACAUAUUUGAAUUGCAUAAAAUAUUGGGGUUAAAAUUGUAAAAAACAACAUUUCUAAACCUAGAAAUCUAAAUUCAGCCGCAAGCACCAUCUCAUUCACAGCUGCAGCAAAUUCGGUUUUCUUCUUCUCUUCUCUCUCUCCCUCCCUCCCCACACAAUCUUUUGCUUCUCGUCUAAAUUUCCUGUUGUUGUUAAUUUUCUCUGUUUUCUUAGUUUUGUAACAGUGGAUUAAUAAAGAUUUGCUACUAUGUCGGCAAUGGGUUCUCACACCAACAAGACGUCGCAGAAAAAGGAUCGUCCCCAAAUAAUUAAAUUGAAUAAAGCUUUGGAAUUGGCUAAAAAAUGGGUUAAUGACAUGACUGAACCAGCAGAAGAUGAGCAUUUUGAAAUACAGAGUCGACCUGCUAGGCUUGGACUAGGUGCUAAAGUUCCCCGGCCAUCCAAAUUUGUACCUUCAGAUGAUCCCCUUGAAAGGAAAUUACACUACAAAUUGGAUGCUGGAAGAAGAGCUGCUGCCAAAAUUGCUGAGGAGUCCGCCGCCGCAUCGGCUGCUAGCGAUGACGACGACGAUGAAGAUUUAGACAGCAGAACCAAAGCAUUUGAGAAGAAAAGACCAGCGGCUCCGGUGACCCCAUCGUUGGGGGGAAAGAAGAGGAAGAAAGUUAACCAUAACACCCUUGUCAGAAGUUGAUUUUAGAGAUUUGGUUCUGUUGUUCUGGUAACUUAGUACAAUUUCUUUAUCUGUAAUUAUAGAUGUUCAGUCAAGAAAUCAAAGCUUGUGGAAAAACCUAGCAUGAACUUCUUUUAUUUUCUUUGUAAUUACAACCAGUCAGUUACAUGUAACUCAAAGCUCACAAGGCAACACUGUUAAGAAUGAAUGAAAUCAAGAACACCCUCAACUAA